CCUAGGGAAUGACAGGCAUCUCCAGCGGCCGGCUGCAUCCACCUUGGCCGCUGUCGUCAUUGGCUGCCUAACAGCAGAACUGCAGGACAAUGCAUACCACCGACAGCAGACUGUAAACAUCAGGCUAUGUGUUCUCUUAGCGUGGACUGCUGGGAGCGGCUCCGGAAGGGCGGCCUGCAGUUUAUUGAAUAGAGCAGUGUGCAUUCGGCCGCCUGCCUGCCUGCCUGCCUGCCUGCCCUGCCUGCUUGCUUGCUGGGCUCCUGCAGACAGAAAUCAGCCCUUGCUUUCCCACUGAGUCCUCGGGAAGAAGUUCCAGCCUGUGAGGUAUUACCAAAACAUUUCAGGAUCUGCAUCUGAAAUUCUACGGCAGUUGGUGAUCAGUCGGGAGGCUCGGAGUGGACCUCUGACUGCUGACCUGUCCAGACACUUCCUGGCCUCCCUAAACCUGAAACCACACCAUGGAUGACUUUGAACGUCGCAGAGAACUUAGGAGGCAAAAGCGGGAAGAGAUGCGCCUGGAAGCAGAAAGAAUCGCCUACCAGAGGAACGAUGAUGACGAGGAAGAGGCUGCCCGAGAAAGGCGCCGCCGAGCCCGGCAGGAAAGGCUGCGGCAGAAGCAAGAGGAAGAAGCCUUGGGGCAGGUGACAGACCAGGUGGAGGUGAAUGCCCAGAACAGCGUGCCUGCUGAGGAGGCCAAGACAACCACCCCAAACACUCAGGGGGAGGGCGAUGAUGAAGCUGCCCUCCUGGAGCGCCUGGCUCGGCGGGAGGAAAGACGCCAAAAACGCCUCCAGGAAGCUCUGGAGCGGCAGAAGGAGUUUGACCCGACCAUCACAGAUGCAGGUUUGUCACUACCAAGCAGAAGAAUGGAAAACAACACGGCAGAGAAUGAGACCGCAGAGAAGGAAGAGAAAAGUGAGAGUCGCCAAGAAAGAUAUGAGAUAGAGGAAACAGAGAUCAUCACAAAGUCCUACCAGAAGAAUGAUUGGAGGGAUGCCGAAGAGAAGAAAGAAGAAAAGGAAAAGGAGGAAGAGGAAGAAGAGAAGCCAAAGCAAGGAAGCAUUGAAGAAAAUCAGGUCAAAGAUGAGAAGAUUAAAAAAGACAAAGAGCCCAAAGAAGUGAAGAGCAUCUUGGAUCGGAAGAAGGGAUUCACAGAAGUCAAGACACAGAAUGGGGAAUUCAUGACUCACAAACUUAAACACACCGAGAACACUUUCAGCCGCAGCGGAGGAAGGCCGAGCCCGGAGGCCAAGGAGGCCGAGGCUGCCUCCCAGGUGGAGGCUGGCCAGCGCCUGGAGGAGCUCCGACGCCGGCGUGGGGAGACGGAGAGCGAGGAGUUCGAGAAGCUCAAACAGAAGCAACAAGAGGCAGCCCUGGAGCUGGAGGAGCUGAAAAAGAAGAGGGAGGAGCGGAGAAAGGUCCUGGAGGAGGAAGAGCAGAAGAAAAAGCAGGAGGAGGCGGAGCGCAAAGUCCGAGAGGAGGAAGAGAAGAGGAGGCUAAAGGAAGAGAUUGAAAGGCGAAGAGCCGAAGCUGCUGAGAAGCGCCAGAAGAUGCCGGAAGACAGUGUGUCCGAUGACAAGAAACCAUUUAAGUGUUUCACUCCCAAAGGUUCUUCUCUCAAGAUAGAAGAGCGAGCAGAAUUUUUGAAUAAGUCUGUGCAGAAAAGCAGCGGUGUCAAAUCAACUCAUCAAGCCGCAGUAGUCUCCAAGAUUGACAGCAGACUGGAGCAGUAUACCAGUGCAAUCGAGGGAACGAAAUCUGCAAAACCUACGAAACCAGCCGCCUCGGAUCUUCCUGUCCCGGCUGAGGGUGUACGCAAUAUCAAGACCAUGUGGGAGAAGGGGAAAGUGUUUUCAUCCCCCACCGCGUCAGGCACCCCAAAUAAGGAAACAGCUGGCUUGAAGGUGGGGGUGUCCAGCCGCAUCAAUGAAUGGCUAACCAAAACCCCAGAUGGGAGCAAGUCGCCAGCUCCCAAACCUUCUGACUUGAGGCCAGGAGAUGUAUCCGGCAAGAGGAACCUCUGGGAAAAGCAGUCUGUGGAUAAGGUCACCUCUCCCACUAAGGUUUGAGACCAUUCAAGAAAGAACCCAAGAUAGCGCUCAAGAUGCUGGACCAGCGCGGUUGAGGAGGGCUAAUCUGCUCUGUUUGAUAUUUAUGUUGAUUUACUAAGUUGGGUUCAUUCUCUUUUGUCGUAUUUUUUCAUUAUCCCAUGUAUAUUAUCACUAUAUUUAAUAAUCACAGUCUAGAGAUGUCCAUGGUAAAAGUACUGCCUUUGCACAGGAGCCUGUUUCUAAAGAAAACCAUGCUGUGAAAUCGAGACUUUUCUACUGAUCAUCCGAACGCUUGUCCCAACAGUGACACCAACCACAUGGGAAGUCAGCAAAUGAAGAUUCAAGCUGACAGUUGCUGGAGGAAUGCGUGCAGUAGCUACAGAAAAAGGAACCGUAGUUUUUUUGUUUUCGUCUUUCAAAACAGAAGUCAUGUUGUUUCUGCACUUUAGAAAGAAGCAUGGAAGAAAUUAUCUUAUUAGGCAAUUAUAACACUUUCUGAAAGUAGCUCAUUUCAGACUUGAGAUACUGCAAUAAUGAUUGUCUUUAAAAAAAAAAAAGAUGUACUGUUAAGGUAUUACUUUUUCAUACUGAUGACUAUCUAAAUUGAAUUAUUAUGUUAGCUGACAGUGGUACUGAUCUCUUUAGGUGGGUUGCUUUGUGGAUUUCUUUGGUAGUGAUAGUAACCUGAACCACAUUCUAGAUUACCUGAUUCUGUAUGUAUGUGCAUACACAUAUACAAACACACUAAUGGUAGAAUGCUUUUUUUAUGUGCUAGGUUAUUAUAUGUAGUACGUCGUUGUAACUAGCCAAUAUCACAGCUUCUUAAAAGUUAAAAAUCACGAUAUUAUAUUAAUAUUUCAUCAUUGGCAAUAGAAACAUGGCAGAAUAGGUAUAGAUAUGUUUUCAAUGGCUGCUGACCUCUAAGAAAAACAUACUGAAAAAGAAGAGAGAUUAGCAGUGUCAGAACCAGCUGACAUGUUCUAUAAAACAUAGUAUUUAGUUUAUAAUUCAAGGCAAUCUUGAAGGCCAGUGUGAAUUUUAUUAAAUCUACCACCUGUGUCAGACUCAAAGUCUGCUUCUUCUGGACAAUAAAAUUCACAGUAGCCUGGCCUUGGAUGAUACCUAAGGUCUCUUCCUUCUCUAAAAUUUAAAGACAAUUAUAGUAUGAAGACUGUACAGACUGGAAUUCUAUAGAUGGGUCUAAAUAAAGACCAACUCUGGCUAAUGUUUGGAAGCAGAGAAGAAAAGUAAGCAAAAUCCAAUAUUUAGGAGUUGGGUCAGCAUUUCCAUCUUUAUUGCCCUCUGAAACAUUUUUUAAAUUGAACUUUUCUACUUUUACUUGUCAUUUGUCAUGCGUUGAUCAUAUGUAGAAAUUUCAAAAAUACAUGUAACUUUGACUAGUCCCCCCCCCCCCCCGCCGAAAGUCUUCAUUGACUCACUUGCCAUUUUUACACAAACCAUCCAGAUAUCAGAUCUUAUUUUAGGCUAUAAGUUUUUUUCUUCACAAUGGAUGGUAAGAGCACUCUGGUAUCUUGGUAAACGUUCUAGUAUAGACAGAUCCAUCUAGUGUGGUUAUAUAAACUCACACCUCAGUUGAGUUCACCAAAAUGAUCUCAGUCUCUAUCCCUGAGGGAGCACCCAAUUAUGUUCUAAUGCACCGUAUUCCCCUGGGCAAGCUAGCCAGGGCAGGGCUGGCAUGAGGAGUGGGCAAUGUCUUCAAAAAUCUAUUUUCCUCAUAAAUAAGUAAAGAGUAGUUGAAUCCUCCAGCUUUUAGCACACCUGGGCCGAAAGACAGAAGCCAUCAAGAUUGCACAAGUCACCCCCUGCCCCAGGCAGAGUAGACUGGACUCUAUCCUAAGAUAAACUACAAUUCAUAUGCAGUACCCAGUUCAACAUGGAGUCCUAUCAUUGGAGUGAAAUGGAUCAAAGUUUGAAUUACGGCCUCUGGUGAGGUGACAUAUCUCUGCUGUACUUUCGAAUGAGAGCUCCUCCUGGUCACCAUUAUAUAUUUUUCUAGAGAGUCUAACAUUGAGAAGUGAAGGUGCAAUCCUGACUUUUAUUCCAAUAUUUGGAUGGAGUACAUUUUAGGGUAGAAUAUUACUGUUUGGAUUUAAUCUUCUGGAAAAUAAAUUUAUGACUUACUUGUUCAAUUACAAUUCUCUUUGUUAUCUUUAAGAGGUAAAACUGCAAGCUGACUAGCAUGUUCUGUGAAUCUGCCAUUUGUAAAGGUUUUAUAGACACAUAAUACUUUUCACUGAUCAUGGAUCGCUGCGAUACAAAUACAUUGUGAAAAUGCGUCCACAAUAAAUGCAAUUCCUCCAAA